AUGGGUGCUAUGGCUAACUUGAAAGAGAAACUUGUGAAAUUGAAGAGGUUCUUGUCCGGAGAGCCUGUUGAGGGCGAGACCUACGAAAAAUCCCCCGAUGUCAAAGACUUGCCCCACAUGAAGGACGCGGACGGCAAGCUGAUCGCUGUCUCUUCGGGAAACCGCGAGCUUUCCCCAGUGCUCAGCGCCAAGCUCAACAUCCAGAACUCCCAAGGGUUGAGCAAGAGCGGUUCGCGUAACGAGCCUAUCGACUCGCGUUUCAGCGGCGAAGAUAAGAUCGCCGCAUGA